ACGUGAGGUUCAAAUCUGAUUAUUAGUGGAAAGUGCGGAUAAUCCCUGAUGCUGCAGCAUCACCAGCGACUGUGCUUUGAUUUGAAAGCCGUGCAUGUGUUCUUCUCUGACGAGUAUCGCUGUGUGGGAAAGUUGUUGAAGAAAGCAAAUCAUUGCGUGAAGCUCUUUUCAUUAGGCAUGAAACUAAGCGGGCAGCCUCAGCUGUAAAAUCAGUGGGACGCAGUGACACUUAGCGCAUGACUAUUCUUAGCAUUGUAAUGCGAACAGCCGGCGGUUUUUCCUGAGCCUAUUGCAGCCUAAAGCAGCUACGCAAAUUGUGGUGCCUUACAAAUAGUAAACCUUUGCAAUAGUGUGUCGAAGCUAUUGGACGCCAACGUGCACCUAUCGAAGGAAAAGAACUAGAAAAGUUCCUCUCACGGUCGGAAACGUCGAACAUUAUGGUCUCCCGUGGAGAGGUUAUAAUGCGGUUUUGGCUUUUGUCGGCCCUACUGGUACUCACGCUGGUCUUGGCCAAUGGAAGGCCUCAAGACGACCAAUAUGAAGGCGAUCCACCAAAUAAUGAAGCAAACGAGUUUGCCGAGUUUGAGGAGUUUGAAGAUGACCCACAGGAAAAACAACAGUUACUUCAGCAGACGUCGCAACAACAGCAGAGAGCAAUGCCGAAGUUAGAACAAAAUGAGGUGGGCCGUCGUGGCAAAGAAGAUGAUGCCUUCGUAGAAGAUGAUGAAAUUGACAACGAUGCAGAUUUUGAUCAUUUCCAAGACUCUGAAGAAUUCGAAGGCCAUGAUCAGAGCUCGGAACGUCCACCGAUUUCUCAAGGGAGCGUGGGCGGUGCUAAUGGUGGACGAGGGAGUGACAACGAUCUUAAAAUCACUUCAGUUCCACUACAUCUCCGUGCUUCGUGGCAAAGUUACUACGCUGAGAUGCUGAUGUGUGCAGCACUUGUGAUUUAUUUUAUCAAUUUCUUAUCUGGACGAUCUAAGAAUUCUAGGCUGGCGAGUGCAUGGUUUGACAAACACGUCACACUAUUGGAGAAAAAUUUUGCUCUUGUUGGAGACGAUGGCCUUAAGGAAAUUCAGAGUGCUGGCCUUCGCAAGGAGUCCGAGCAUUGUUUUACGUUAUGGUGUUCAGGAAGGCAAUGCGUUGAAGGUAUGCUUGUUGAGCUACGACUUAUCAAGCGGCAGUGUCUUGUAGGUGUGCUAGGUCAACUAAUGCGGCCAACGUCAGACCAGAUCACUUAUAAGUUAAAACUGGAAACAAUGGACCCGUUCGUCUUCUGCAUGACAUCAAAAAAAAACGCAUCAAAGCUUACUAAGGAGAUGAUAGAUGUUCUGACAUUCUGUCCAGAUCGGAAAGGUGUACCCGACCGCGUAUUUCGCGAUCUUGGUGAAUUUUUUGCUGUUUAUUCAGAGAUUGGUGAUAUAACUCAGUCCUUUUUCCAGGAUCAGAAAUUUACGCAGCGUUUAUCAGAGUACAAGGACUGUAUUGAAAUGCUGCACGUGUCGGACCAAUGGCAAGGCCAAAAUGCACUUCGGACUGCAGAAGAAGCUAGUCAGGGAACAUUGCUGAAAAAACCAGAAACUGAACGCGUUGUUAUCCUCAAAAUUUCAGUACCUGGGAAAGGCCGUACUUCCGAAGAUCAGAUGGAGGCACUCGAGGGUUUGCUAGGAUUAGUACUCAUCGUAGCUGAUAAGGCUUCCCGCUUGCGGUUAAGCAAGGAGGGUCGGGCUAAAGCUGAUAAGAAUCGACAGAAAGUUGAAGAAACUUUCCUCAAGAACACUCAUGUGCAGAGACAGGAGUUGGCACAGCAGCGCCGUGACGAACGAAUCCGCAUGGAACGUGAGCGUAUUUUGGCUGAGGACGAUCCCGAGAAACAGCGGCGUCUCGAGCUCAGGGAACAGAAACGCCUUGCCAAGAAGACCACCCCAAAACUCAAACAGAUGAAGGUCCGCGCCAUGUAAAAAGAAAAAUGUGGAAUUACUGCAUGUAACUAUUGCAGCCAUCUGCUUCUGUGUAUGUCUUGGUUCUGGUCAACAAGCAAACUAACUGCCGCUAGAUAAUGGAAGCUAGCGCCCGCUGCCAAGCGCUUGCCGCACCUAAGCUGUUGUACGCCAGUGCCGAUUUUGGUACGCGGAUCAAUAUAAUUUUUGAAUCAAACUUGCCGACAUCAAACGAGCACUUAUUUAGCAGUAGGGAUAACAGUAGCGGCAGUAGUGAGGCACACUGAAGAACCGUGCAGACAUACUGCCUACUUGCAAUGCACGCAAUAUAAUAAAAGAAGCAAUGUGUGCGCAAGAGAGUCAAACAGUAUUUUGCCGUCGUUUUUAACAGGUUUCUGUUGUUUACCAGAAUCAGACCGAACGAAUGUUGAAGCAGUAAUAAGCAGACGGCUACAGUGGCUCUUAUAUAGUGUCGCUUAUAUAUGGAUAGAGAAAUUAUUACCAAAAACAGUAGAGCACUUUAGUGGAAAAAAUAUAUAAAAGGAUGGACACACGCUAAUUGUUGUACCUCUUUAGGAUAAAAAAAAGUCAAGAAGAAAUAUUGUCACUUCUGACAGGUGACACCUAGAAAAAUCUAAAACACGAUUUAGUAAUAUAAAGUUGUUAUUAGAAAAUGGCUUCUCGUAUAAGAGGAGAAGAAGAUCGUAAUAACUGCAAAACUGUUAAUUGGUUAGUUACACAAGGAUGUAGGGAACGUUUCAACAUUCAUAUGAUAUUAACAGUAAUUGCAAAUGUGACAAAUCGCUCAAGUAGUGAUAUUACACUAACGUGUAAGCAUGAAUGUAACGCUUAUGAUGUGUGCAAUGGGAUUUUCGUGAAAGUAGGGAUGCUAUCGCAAUUUAUGUUGGAGGUAACUAAUCUGUGAAGUUGGGACAUGUAAAGGGAAAACGCGGAGAGAAUAGAGAAUUGUAGGAGAACACAGAAUGUACACUAGACAAAUUAUGGGAGAUUAAGUCAACAAUACUGACAUUCAUGAUCAUGAUGAUAGGGUACUUUAUAUAGGAACGAAAUAAAUAAAUGUAUGUUUGUAAAAAUCAUUUGUUGUCAUUUAUAUAUGCGACAAAUAAUAAUGAUUUUAAUGCUGUUUUAUAUUUUCGUGUUAAAUUGUAAUAUAUAUUACUUAUUAUACCUAAAUGCUACACUUUUUACGAUCGGUGCGACAGGCAGUGAAGUGAUGGCAUCACCUUAAGCAUAACGAGGCUACGUAAAACUGAAAUAAUGAAGCUAAACGAGCAUCAGGACAAUCUGGACCUUCGAACUGCGAAAAUUGGGCCGCAUGAUACCGUCCAUCCUAGUUACAACCAAGGUAGAUGAGGAUUGGAUUUAAAAAAAGGGCAAAGAAGUUUCUCAAGAUCUUGCCACUAUUGAAUAGAUUAAAACAACGGCAUAAACAACGGCAUUCAGAACGCCUUAAGGAACCUGAACUCUAUCGCAGAGAGCCCGCUGGCUGUGCAUAAAAUCAAGAAUAAAUGCUUUAUUAUUUGGAAGUGAGGAUACUUUUUGCAUUAUAUGUCUUUCAUAUAAAUUAUGUGUAACAUGAAAUGUCCUUAAGAUUGAUAACAAAACUAUAAUAACUGGCGGUACUGAAGUACUGAAGUAAGGACUGGUAAAGCAGUUCAUCAGCAUAUUUCUAUUUAUUUGUGCAGUGCGUUCAUGACACGAUAUUGUUUCGGCGUAUAUGUUUUCAAAGAUAAGACAAAGAGCCAUCGAAUGAACUGAUUUCAUAUAAAGGCGGCCACAACGGUGAUACACAGGUAACAAGAAUAAACAUUAAAUCUACUAACAUAAUAACUUGAUUACUUUGCGUAGUCGGUACGUAAAAUUUCUAUUUAUUUCGAGUUUAGUUUUUUGUGUACUAUGUAGAAAUUAGAAAUUACAUAUACUUUAAAUCACACAUAUUAAGAGCUCUACAUUUUGGCUACUUUUUUAAACGCCCUUCUAAUCCAUUGGCGUGGCACUAUCUUACGAUGAGUGUUUCGACCAAUAACGACGAUUGUCAAACUUAAUAAGAGGAAUACUGCAAUAUGUGAGACUGGGUUGUUUCUGACAUGAGUACACGCAAAACGGAGCAUAUAUACUACGCGGCGAUUUUUAUUUAAUGUGACAGACAUCAGCUGUACUUUUUUAGAAUAUGGUUGACACUAUCGCUGGAAUAACGCAACGAUGCUUUCUACAAAAUAUAAGUAUUAUUUUAACGGUUUAAAACUUGAUCUAAAUUGAAAUAUUUACCAAACAAAAUUUAGCUACUGUUAAGGAAAGAUGUAGGAUAAAGACGAACGAAGAACUGACAAGUAUAAUUGAAUAUACAAAUUUGUCUUCUGCUGUGUGGUCACGAUCAUGUGACUAUAUUAAAAUAGCAGUGAUUCACAGUUCCUUGAUAUAUAUAUAUAUAAUAUUUUUUUUUUAUCUUUAUAAUCAGUUUUAUAGAAAAGACGGGGAAACGAAAAAGCCAGUGUUUUGCUAGAUUUUCUUGAGUCGAUCAUUCUGUUUUGCGAAUGUGUACUUCGACAUAUGAUGAUUUUGUGUAUAGUUCUUCUUUUCUUAAUUUAUCUUUUGACGUGUAACUCCAAACAAAAAUAGUACAAGCACUAUCACUGUUAGGCGAUACUUGUAGAAAACAAUCUUGUGGUUGAUUGGUCCACUGUAAUCGCGUAACUGGUAAAAAUGGUAAUAGCUGCUUUAACACACUACUGUAACGUACUGUAAUGAUUCUAAGAUAUCAAGUAUUAUAAAAAAAAAAAAAAAAAAAU